AUGGCAUCGCCAAUCAAGGACGACGAUACUGUAAAGACACCUGAAGAUUUUCCUCCACUCUUGUCCAAGAAAUUCAACAUCACUGAUGUUAAGCAAGACGCGCUCAAGUGGGAUAAGGAGUGGGAGGCGGCGAUUGCAUCUUCAACCGCAGCAGACGUCCUCAAGGAGAUGUCUCGUUUCCUAGAUGACUCUUGCUUCACUCCUGACGCCAUGGAGUUCUUCCACCAGGAUCUUCGCAGUGUCCAAAAUAACGUAGCCAAAAUUCUGCGUAACCUAUUCGACGAAGGUCACUUUGACACCAUCUGGUUGUUGUUGAAUGUCGCGGAGAAGAAGAGACAUAUAAAUGAAGGCCUGAAGGGGGCUUGUGAAGCACCUACGUUUUGGGGGCAAGAUUGUCGUGCUCUUUGCCCGGAGGUCACAGUUUCGAACCUUCUGACGCAGGGCGGGAAGGCCUUCGUCGACUUUCUCGCUCGUGUCUUGGAGUUAACCGAGUCAUCCCUUCAACCAGCAUUCCUACCAAACCCAUGGUGGGAACAGGCGUCGAACCUUGCCAAAUCCAUGCUUAUGUUCGAAGUCGCGACUAUCAAUAGGAAUAAGUUUAUCGGCGAGUUGUUGUCAAUCGUAAGUGACAUCACCAAUCGCAGCGGGGGGAUGAAGGGGGUCCUACACGUCAUGGAGAAUACAAAGGGAUAUGUUGCUCGCGCUAUAGCACAGGUCAAAACGAUUUUCAGGGAUAAACCUCUUGUCCGCUGCGAGAACUGCACGAAGACGCCAGAAGAAAUCGGACAAGGUGUUCGCUUCAUGGUGUGCAGUGUUUGCAAAGCGAAACUUAACUUCGAGAUACAUUAUUGUUCUCACGGAACCAAGGGAGACUCCCUUUGGGCAUUCGGCGACUCUGAUCCCACCGCCAACAUGAUUCGUGACUUUGGCAAGAAGGAAGGUCGGCAUCUCACGAGCCUCAGAGACAUUGGCGUAAAUCCCUGUAAGGGUAAACGCACCCCUGCUGCGGACCGUCAAGCCGAGAUGCUUGAAGCCGACCGAAAUGUCGAUUACUUCCUCUUCACUGCGAGCGGUGAAGCAGUUCGCUUUGUGAUCGAUGAUCCAGGAGCUAAAAUGAUCUUCCGGAUCAACCGCGGUUGGGUUAUGACGAAGAGUAGUGACACCGGUCUUGAUGCUAUGGGAGAGUACAUACUCAAAGCCAUGAGCGGAUAUCCCGGAUUGAGUCGGAGGAUCAUCCUGAAGCAACUCUGUGAAGAACACGGGGCGGGCACUACCAAAAAGAUCAUGGGGCUGGAGAAGAAGAGUCGAGAACAUGGAAAGAGUACGUUUAUAGAGGGUUGGGUGAAAGAUUCUUCGUCCGUGUUUGGGGAUUGGUCUUGGCUCGGAUCGCUUUGA